AUGAGUUUGAAAUCCGUUUUCUGCAAAAAAAAGAAAUAUGACACCUCCACUAGUUCCUCCCUCACAUCAACCACGAUCGCCACAAACCCAAUGCCGUCGCGUUCGCGAUCCCAGCAUAGCAAGGACCAGAUCGUCGCGGAGCUCGAGCAGGUCUUCAAGAGGUUUGACAUUAAUGGCGAUGGCAAGAUCUCGUCGUCAGAACUCGGAUCCAUCUUAGGCAGCCUAGGGCACCCGGCCACGGAGGAGGAGCUAGACAAGAUUAUCAAAGAGGUGGACACCGACGGCGACGACCACAUCAACCUCCAGGAGUUUGUGGAGCUGAACACCAAGGGUGUGGAUUCGGACGAGGCGUUGGAGAAUCUCAAAGACGCAUUCUCAACGUACGACAUCGACGGGAAUGGAUUGAUAUCGGCGGACGAGUUGCACAAGGUGUUGAAGAGCCUGAACGACGACUACUCGCUGUCCGAGUGCCAGAAGAUGAUCAACAGGGUCGAUAGGAAUGGGGACGGAAUGAUUAGUUUCGAGGAGUUUAAGGUGAUGAUGUUGCAAGGGUCGCGCUUAGAUUUGAUGGACCAAUGA